ACUCAAUAUAAUAUUUAAAAAAUGGAAGAUUUUUCUGAGAAACCCCUUGUCCUUGUCACUGGAGCCUCUGGAUAUUUAGGAUCUUGGUGUGUAGCCAAACUUCUUGAUACUGGAAAGUAUAGAGUUAGAGGAACUAUUAGAGAUACUACUAACCAAGAUAGAAUGGAGUUACUCAAGAAAGGAUUUGGGGACUAUUUUGACCAGAUAGAGUUUGUAUCUGCUGAUCUACAAGACAAAGAAGCAAUAAAGAAGGCUGUUGAAGGUGUAACUUAUGUUCUUCAUGUCGCUUCUCCUGUUAUUCCUGAACCUCCUAAAGAUGGAGACAAAGAGAUUAUUAAGCCAGCAAUUGAAGGUACCAGAAAUGUCUUGAAAUCUUCAGUUGGAAGUGGUGUCAAAAAGGUCAUCAUCACCUCAUCUACUGCUACAUGCCAAGAUCUUUGGGAGCAUCCUGAGAAAGUCUCUGAUCAUACAACUUUUGUAAAAGAGUUUGAAGGUAUGGUACCCUAUUUCAAGUCGAAAAUUAGAGCUGAAAGAUAUGCAUUUGAUUUUAUUGAUAAGUUCAAAUCAACAGAAAGACCGUUCGAUGUUGUUGUAAUAAAUCCUAGUUUUAUCAUUGGGAAGGCAUUACUUCCUCGUGCUGAAGGAGCUUCACUAAAGUUUGUAAAAGAUGCUCUAGAGAAUAAAAUGCCUGGGUAUCCACAGAUUUACUUAGGCCACAUAGAUGUCCAAGAUUGUGCUCAAGCCCAUGUCAAUGCUAUUGAGAAAGGCGAGAAUGGAGAUAGGUUCCCUCUUUCAAGCGGAACUUAUAAGGUGAUUGAGUUUUUUAAUCCAAUCAUUGAAGAGUAUGAAGCUAAAGGAUAUAAAGUCUCAAAAUCUGAAAUAAAUAAGGCAAUUUUAUGGAUGGUGAGCCUCUUCAAUGAUGAUGCAGCAUUCUACCUUACAGGCUGGAAUAUCAAGAAUGAGGUUGACGGAUCAUUAGCAAGUGAAAAACUUGGAAUCGAGUAUAAGCCAAUGAAGGAAAGUAUUUUGGAAGCAUGCGAAUCUUUGGUCAACCUCGGUCUAGUUGCUAAGCCAUAAUUCUCUAAAAAAUCUCAGUCAA